AUGGCAGCCUUGAAUGCGUCUGCGCCAAUAUUUAUGCCGGACAGCUUCUCGCCGGUGACGCCGUUCUACUUCUCGCCAUCGGAGGAAGCGAUCCCGGGACUGCACAUAUCCGACUACGUACUGGCCGUCUGGGCACCAAUCAUCGUGCACUGGCUCGUGGCUGGCAUAUUCGAAGCACUCGACCACUCUACCUCGCCCUGGGUCGAGCGCUACAGGCUGCACGAGUCUGUCGAAGUCAAGUCUCGCAACCUGGUCUCGCGUGGAGCCGUACUCCGCGCCGUGCUCUUUCAGCAAUUCAUCCAGGUUUCCCUCGCUUAUUGGUGGAUGGACGAUAGGGGCCCUGCGCCAGAUCCACAGAUGGAUAUGUCUGUGCUGGCGGAAAAUAUGUACGGCGUCCUGUCGCGUCUGAUUGGUCAGGGUGCAGCGUACACCGCGAUGAAGGCGGCGGGGCCCGAGUCAGUGUGGGCCAUGUAUUGGUGGAUCAUCCCAGUAUCCCAGUUCUUCCUCGCCAUGUUCAUCGUCGAUACUUGGCAAUACUUCCUGCACCGCGCCAUGCAUAUCAACAAGACGCUCUACCGCUGGUUCCACUCAUGGCAUCACCGUCUCUACGUUCCAUACGCGUUCGGUGCUUUGUAUAACCAUCCAGUCGAAGGAUUCCUCCUCGAUACGCUCGGCUCUGCGGUGGGCGAGGCAAUCUCGUGUCUCUCCUUACGUCAAGCAACACUCUUCUUUUGCUUCGCAACGUGCAAGACGAUGGACGACCACUGCGGGUACACGUUCCCUCUGGACCCCCUGCAAUGGCUCAGUGGGAACACCGCCGACUAUCAUGAUAUCCACCAUCAGAUCAUCGGCAUCAAGUCCAACUUCUCCCAGCCGUUCUUCGUCCACUGGGACGUCCUACUCGGCACGCGCAUGACUCGAGAAGAGAUGAACGCCCGCCGUUCUCGCGGGAAGGGCAAGGGGAAAACCGAGUAG